CAGCAUCAAAACUAAUUAGCCCUUGAACAAGGGAUAGUUAGUGACCAGAGAGUAAUCAAGGUAGAGAUAACUGCGAGGAAUCAUUACCAUGGCUCGUGCAAUGAUGCAUCUUUGUAUUGCAUCUCUUAUGAUGUUGUUGGCGAUGGGGUUGAUGGCAGAGGCAGCUAGAUAUCCACCAGGACUCGACAAUCCCAGCCAAGCUACUUGUAAGAACAAGGACUACAAGACAUGCUACAACUUACCUCAUGUUUGCCCUAAGUUUUGUGGUGACCAGGGUUGUCACGUCAAUUGUGUUUCAUGCAAACCUGUGUGUGGUCCUGAUGAUGGAUCAUCUUCUAGUCCUCCAGAAGAGGGCACUCCUCCAGUUUAUCCAACACCACCGACGCCAACACCUUCACCACCUACCGAGCCAACCCCUUCACCUGCAGUGUAUCCAUCACCCCCUACAGAGCCAAGUCCUUCACCUCCAGUUUAUCCAUCACCCCCUACAGAGCCAACUCCUUCACCGCCUAGUCUUACUCCUCCUACCCCAACAACUCCUUCCACUCCACCUAGUUCCGAGGUUUCAGCAAAGAGACGGUCUAGGUGCAGAUCUAAAAACCCCAAAUACAGCAAGUGCUACAAUGUUGAGCAUGUUUGUCCCGCUGCGUGCCCUACUGGAUGUGUGGUCGAUUGUGUCACCUGCAAACCCAUGUGCAACUGUGAUCAACCUGGAGCUGUUUGCCAAGAUCCACGAUUUGUAGGUGGUGAUGGUAUCACCUUUUAUUUCCAUGGCAAACAAAACCGCAACUUUUGCCUGCUUUCAGACUCCAACCUCCACAUAAAUGCCCACUUCAUUGGUAAAAGAAACCAAAAUCUGAAAAGAGACUUCACCUGGGUUCAAUCUAUUGGUAUUCUCUUUGGUGAUCACCAAAUCUAUGUUGGCGCUCGGAAGACAGCCAGUUGGGAUGAUGCUAUCGACCGUCUAGGACUCACUUUCGAUGGACAACCCAUCUACUUGCCUGAAUCCGAAGGAGCCAAAUGGCAAUCUGAAGUUGCACCAAGUGUCACCAUUACUAGGUCAAGUAUGACUAACAAAGUCGUUGUUGAAAUAGAAGGAAACUUCAAGAUAACUGCUAAUGUUGUGCCCAUCACGGAAGAAGAAUCUAAGGUCCACAACUACGGAAUAACUAAAGAUGACUGUUUUGCUCAUCUCGACCUUGGUUUCAAGUUCUACUCGCUAGGUGAAAAUGUGAACGGUGUCCUAGGACAGACUUAUGCUAACAAUUACGUGAGUAAAGUGAACAUGGGUGCAUCUAUGGCUGUCAUGGGUGGAUAUGAUAAGUUCAUCACAUCAAGUGUUUUUGCAAAGGAUUGUGCUGUUGCUAGAUUUACCGGCUUGGAAAACUCUAGCACCAGAUCUUCUUCGGAGUAUGCCAGCCUAAGCUGUGGCAGUGGAAUUGAUGGACGUGGUGUUAUUUGCAAGAAAUAGAUACCAUGAUCUGCUAGCUGACGAACGAAAAUCGUUUUAACUUGUUUGAAUAAGACUUUACAAGAUAAAUGUAAUUGAUGUAUGUUUUUUCUUUCUGUAUUUUCUUUCCAUGUUUAUGUUUGUUAUGAUAGGAACUGACUAAAAAAUAAAUCUCCGGUUCCAAUUUCUGUCUAUUUGAGGUAGCUGUAUGUUCGCUAUGGAAUUUAUGUCUAUUUGUUGUUCCUUAAAA